AUCUCCCGUGCAGACCCAGCCCCGCUGAUUACAGCCCGGUCUCCCCAUGUGCAUGGGACCCGGAGCGAGGAGGGAGCAGCCUGGCCCCCCCACCCUAGCCUGAGCCGCGGAGGAAGAGGAGCAGGGGUGGGGGGAGGCAGAAGAGGGGGAGCCCCCAGCCAGCUGGGGAGAAGGCAGCCAAGCCGCGCAGGGUCAUGCAUGAGCGGGUCUAGCGGCUCUCCCCGAGACGGCUAACUUUGGGGAGCCUCCCCCCGGGACUGGAGCGGUCCCUGCAUCUCCCCCCCUCCUCUCCCGGCGAAGAUUUGGAGGAGGAGAAGCAGCCGCCACCCAUGCUCCAAGCAGGGGGUUAAAGUUGAGCUUUGAUUCCAGACGCGGUAGAGCCAAACAGGUCCGGCUAGCAAGUCAUGAUGGUAGAAUCUGCCUCGGAGACAAUACGUUCCACUCCCUCCAGCCAGAACGGGGUCAGCAGCCUCACCAACCCGACAGAUGGCGGCGGCGGCGGCGGAGGAAGGGAAGGAGGCGGCAGUGGGGAAGCCAAUGGGGAAAUGAGCCCAGUGGAACUCCUGCAUUUUCAGCAGCAGCAGGCUCUCCAGGUGGCAAGACAGUUCCUUCUGCAGCAGGCCACAGGGCUGACCUCUCCCAGCAACAAUGAGAACAAGCAGCCAGCAGUCCAGGUCCCCGUGUCUGUGGCUAUGAUGUCCCCUCAGAUGAUCACUCCGCAGCAGAUGCAGCAGAUCCUGUCUCCUCCCCAGCUCCAAGCCCUGCUGCAGCAGCAGCAGGCGAUCAUGCUGCAACAGUUGCAGGAAUACUACAAGAAGCAACAGGAGCAGCUUCACCUGCAGCUAUUGACGCAGCAGCAAGCCGGAAAGCAGCAGCCCAAAGAGCAGCCAUUAGGGAAUAAACAGCUGGCGUUCCAGCAGCAGCUCCUGCAGAUGCAGCAGCUGCAGCAGCAGCACUUGUUAAACCUCCAACGACAAGGGCUGGUCAGCCUUCAGCCGGGACAAGGCACCGUUCCCCUGCAGACCCUUCCGCAAGCUGUCUGCCCCUCGGACCUGCAGCAACUCUGGAAAGAGGUCACCGCUACCCAGCCCGUAGAAGACAGCAUCAAGCAAGAGGGCCUGGACCUCACCACCAACACUUCCAACUCUACCUCGUUUUCGGCCGCCAAGGUCUCGCCUCCCAUUUCCCACCACUCUCUCCCCAAUGGACAGAGCGCCAUGCUCACGCCAAGGAGGGACAGCAGCUCUUCUCACGAAGAGAACCCCGGCUCCCACCCUCUCUACGGACACGGAGAAUGCAAGUGGCCUGGUUGUGAAACCCUCUGUGAGGAUUUGGGACAGUUUGUCAAACACCUCAAUACAGAACACGCACUUGAUGACCGAAGCACAGCCCAGUGCCGAGUACAAAUGCAAGUGGUGCAGCAGCUGGAAAUACAGCUGGCGAAAGAAAGUGAGCGUCUCCAGGCCAUGAUGGCCCACCUCCACAUGCGACCUUCAGAGCCUAAGCCUUUCAGUCAGCCUCUCAACCUGGUCUCGAGUGCCACCCUCUCCAAGAGCACUUCAGACACCUUCCCAGAUGGCUUACCUCAUCCCCCCACCUCCGCCACCGCUCCCAUCACCCCCUUGCGGCAGGGCCCAUCCGUCAUCAGCUCCUCCACCUUACAGACCAUGGGGGCCAUUCGCAGGAGAAACCCUGAAAAAUUCUGCCCCCCAAUAUCUUCAGAGCUUGCACAGAAUCACGAGUUUUACAAAAACACAGACGUCCGGCCGCCCUUCACGUACGCCUCGCUCAUCCGGCAGGCCAUCCUGGAGACCCCAGACAGGCAGCUAACGUUGAAUGAAAUCUACAACUGGUUCACCCGGAUGUUUGCCUACUUCAGGAGGAACACCGCCACCUGGAAGAACGCCGUGCGUCACAACCUGAGCCUGCACAAGUGCUUUGUGCGAGUGGAGAACGUCAAGGGAGCCGUCUGGACGGUAGACGAAGUCGAGUACCAAAAGCGAAGGCCACCAAAGAUGACCGGGAGUCCGACGUUAGUCAAAAACAUGAUUUCGGGACUCAGCUAUGGAGCACUUAAUGCCAGUUACCAGGCGGCCCUGGCAGAGAGCAACUUCCCCCUCCUGAACAGCCCCACCAUGCUCAACACCAGCUCCACCAGUGGCCUGCUGCACAUCGGCCAUGACGACGUGAGCAGCACCGUGGAACAGGUCAACAGCAACGGGAGCAACAGCCCCCGGCUCUCCCCGCAGCAGUACAGCCAUCCCAUCCACGUGAAGGAAGAACCCGCUGAGGCGGAGGACGACAGCAGGCCCGUAUCGCUCAUGGCGACCACCAAUCAGAAUGUGACGAUCCCAGAGGACAGGGACCUGGAGGAGGAGCUGCCGGAGGCCCGAUCCCCAAACCAUCCCAUCCACGUGAAGGAAGAACCCGCUGAGGCGGAGGACGACAGCAGGCCCGUAUCGCUCAUGGCGACCACCAAUCAGAAUGUGACGAUCCCAGAGGACAGGGACCUGGAGGAGGAGCUCUCUCUAGCUGAGAAUCCUGCUCACUUUGGGCAGAGUUUGGCUGAAAGCUUCUCUUGA